AUGAAGAAGAUCGUGGUUCACGGAGUUAAAGAAAAGACACCAAUGGGUUUCUGCGAUGUCCCACGAAAAAACCUGUUGAACUUUUUACGAGAUAUGAAAAGCAUUUCUGUGCCAAAUGAACCGAGAUACAAACCUCUCAGAAAGAUACACCAGGCUGCAAGCGAGGGUGAUACAGAGAGAUUACAGAGAAUGAUAAGUCUUGGGAAACACAGUGUGCACGACAGAGACUUUAAGCAAAGGACUGCUCUGCAUUUUGCCUGUGCCUAUGGCCAGGUGGAAGUAGUAGGUGUUCUACUGAGAAAUAAUUGUGAUAUUGAUGCUGUUGACAGGAACUUCAUCACGCCUCUGAUGAAGGCUGUUCAAAACUGGGCAUAUGAAUGUGUGUGUACAUUGUUGAAGCACGGUGCUGAUCCGAACCGUAUGGACAAAAAUGGCAAUACUUCUCUCCACUACGCUGUGUGUGAAGAUAACCAGGCACUGGCUAAGUGCUUGCUUAAAUACAGUGCAAACAUGGAACAAAAAAACAAGGAUGGCUUUACACCACUUUUACUGGCUCUCAAGGAAAACAAAAUAGAGAUGGCAAAGUUUUUAGUAAAGAAGGGGGCAAAUAUACACGUAUUUGAUGAGAUGAAAAGAAACACUCUCUUAUAUGCCAUAAGAUGGGACUCUAAAGAUAUGGUCAAUCUACUUUUGGAUGAAGGCAUUGACUUUUUCUUUAAAGAUGUAUUUGGAUGGACUGCAUUACGGUAUGCUAUUGAAGGCACAAGUAAAGGUAGUCGAGAGAUUCUCAUGAACUAUGAUGAAAAGUUACGUAGAAAAAAUCAAGAUGGCAUCCCAGAAUACAAGAAUUUUGAAGACAAUUCAUUAGACAAGCAACCCAAUGAUCCUACUUCUGAGACCACCUUACUUAAAUCAAGUGAUAAUGCAUGCGAUUUUGACGAUGAGCCGGAUAUUUCUAAGUUUGUCCUCACUACGUGUCCUAGCAACAUAUGUGGGGCUGGAGAUCAAGAAGACAAAAGUGAAACAAAGGAAACAGUAGAUGUUCAGAUUUGGACAAACCCUACCUUGAAGUCUUCCACGAAAGGAAAAGUGUCCAAUCGGAGUAAAGUAGGAAUGAGGAGAGAAUCACAUCAUUUCAUAAUAGAAUCAGACAUAGAAAUUGAGUCACUGGAGGAAACGUUUUCAUAUGACAAUGAAGAUAAACAGUCAGUGAGUGAUGAUGGAGAUUUUUCUGGAACAACACAUGAAUGGUGUCAAAAUGAUGCAAUUAGACAAACUAGAGCUCAAGAUUGCAUGUAUCCUAACUUGAAGUCUUCUACUGAGGGGAAAAUAUCUAUUCUCAGGGAAGCAGGAAAAAUGGCUGAGUCACCUCACUUCAUAAUAGAAUCAGAUUUGGAAAUUGAAUCUCUGGAAGAAACUUUUUCAUGUGACAGUGAAGCCAAACAACUACUGUAUCUUCCACAAAUAGAUGAUAGCCAUUUUUCUGGAGCAACAAAUGAAGGACCAGAAAAUAAUUUAGAGGUGCAAAUAAAAGAAUCUGCAAAGAAAGUUCCAUACUUGAAGACAGCCAAUGAAAUGAAUGACCCUAUUCAAAAUAAAUGUUCAGAAAAUAAGGAUGAAGAAACAUUAAACUCAGAAAUAACUAUAACAUCUAUAUCAGAAGAAGAAGAAGAAUGUCCUGAUGCCAGAGGAAAAACACAAUCAAUGCAAACCAGACCAAUGGAUAUUGUUUAUUUAGUCACUGUCAAAAAUCAAAGAGAAGAAAAUAUUGGCAUUAGUCAAGAGAAAGACUCUCCUGAGGAACAUCCUGAAUCUCAGUGUAGCACUGAAAAGACUUAUUCCAUUGCACAUGAAGAAUCAGACACAAAUCAGGAGGACUCAUCACAUGCAGAACAAGUUGUUGAACUGACAUCAGAAGAAGAACAACCAAAGGAAGACAACAAUGACAACAAGCAGUGCUUGAACAUCUUUAAGCGAUUUCGACCAAAGAGAAUUGGCUCGUUAUUCAUGACUAAAGAAAAAAUUGAAGAGAAUGCAAUAACAACUGAAAAGAAAGAGAUUCCUAAAGAAUACUGUCAUCUGAAGUCUACCACUGAAGAGGGAGAGUCUGAGCCAAAUGAUUCACCAGCAAAGAAGAAUGCAAAGUCAUUACAAACAGAAUCAACUGUAAUGUUCAUAUCUGAGAAGGGACAAAAGUGCCAAUUGGACACUGAAAAGAACAAAAAAUGGCAUAUGUUUAAGCGAUCUCAACCAAAAGGAAAUCCACAUUUACCUGUGACAGAAAGUCAAAGUGAUGAAAGUACAAUAGUUGUCCAAGUGAAAGAUUCUCCUGAACAAUAUUCUCAGUGUAAGGCUACCAAUGAAAGGAAUGGAUAUGAUUCAUAUUCAUCAACGAUAGAUGUAAAGCCUUCUUGUGUAGAAUCAAAUUUAAAAAUAAAAACAAAGGAAAAUCUUCAUGGCAAUGAAGCUAGUCAACCAUCUGUAAGUAUAGGAUUAACUUCAACACCAACAAAUAUUCUAAAUGAAGGAGGGAAAGGUUUUCAAAAGAAAUUUCUUGAAUGGAAGCCUCCCACAGAAAUGAAAGAUUCUGACUCAACAGAGGUAUCAACCAUGAUGCAUGGACAAGGAUCCCUAGCAGAUGUAGACAUAAAAUUGGAAACAGAGAGCCAGGAUUAUCUUGAUAGCGGUGAAAAUAUUCAGUCAUCUAACACCAUUACAUCUCUUCAGUCUAAGUGUACUCCUCAUUUAUCAGUUGGGAUAACUUCAAGAUCCACGAGUCUUCUAACUGACGGAGAGAAAGAUGUCCAUAAGAAAAAUCUUGACUGGAAGCCUCCCCAGUAUCUCAUUGGAAGUAAAGCUCUAGCUUCAUCUGAUGUAUCAAUGCUGAAGCAUAAACAAGAAUUCCCACCAGAAGCAUACUUACAAAUGAAAACAGAGGAAAGUCAGAAAAAUCUUGAAAGGAAUGAAAAUACUCAAUCAUCUAAUGCUGUUAUACAGCCAAAGCAAAUUCUUCAUUUACAAAUAGGACUAGCACUGAGACCCACGGAUCUUCUGAACGAAGGAAAGAAAGGUUUUUGUGUUAGCUAUCCUGAACAAGAGUCUUCCCUUGAAGAGAACUAUGCUCCAACUGAAGAAUCAGCAGUGAAGUGUGGACAAGAAUUCCCAGCAGAAGCAGACUGGAAAAUAAAAACAGAGGAUUUUCGGGAAAAUCUUGAUGACAAUGAGAGUAUCCAUUCAUCUAAUUCUUUUACAUGUCUUCAACCAAGGCCCAGUCCUUAUUUGUCAUUAGGAAUAACUCAAAGGUCACAAAAUCUUCUAAAUGAAGGAGGGAAAGGUUCACCUAAGAAGCAUCUUGAAUGGAAGAAAAAACCAUCAACUGAAAGAGAAGAUUCUAUUCUACCUGAGUCAUCAGUGUGGAAGCAGGAGCAGGAACACCCAUCAGAAGUGGACGUACAAAUGAAAGCAGAUGACAACCUUAAAAAUCUUGAUGGAAGUGAGAGUUCUCAGUCAUCUGAUACCAUGCCAGAUCUUCCACUGUGUCACAUACCACCCUCAUCAACACCCAGGGAUCUUCUAAAAGAAAGAGGAAAAGAAGAAGACUUACAAAUGAAAUUGGAGGAAAGUCAAGGAAAAAUUGAUGGCAACGAAAGCAUUCAGUCAUCUGAUAAUGUGAAGUACCUUCAACCAAGGCGGAUCCGCCAUUUACUGAUGGGACUGAUUCCAAGACCCAUGAAUAUUCUAAGUAGACGAGGGAAAGAUUCUCACAAGAAAUGUACUCCAUGUAAGAAUCCCACUGAAAUAAAAGAGUUUGACCCAAAUGCAAAAUUGGAAAGACAGGAAAUAAAAACUUUGACACCAGUGAUGCUAGAAGAUGACCAAAACCUGUGCGAUGACAGCAAAAAUAACCAUCCAUUGGUUGAAGCAACCAGGAAGAAAUGCACAAGCAAUGAAACAGAAGAUGUGACUCAAUCCUACUAUGGCUGUGCAUUAGCUGCUACUGCUCAUGAUGUUUCUACUGCUUCUGUUGUUGCUGCUAUUGUUGCAGCAUCUGUUGUUGCUACAGCUGCUCCUGCCGCUGCAGUUGCUGCUGCUUCUGCUGCUAUAGCUGCAGUUGUUGCUGCUGCUGCGCCUGCUGCUGCUGCGGUUGCUUCUGCCACUGCAGCUAUUGAUGCUCUUGCUAAUGUUGCUCCUGGGGCUGCACCUGACAGUUCUGCUGUACCCGUUGCUGCUGCAACUGCUGCCACUGCUGCUGCUGUUCCUGCUGCAACUGCCGCUGGUGCCCCAGAUGCUGCCCCUGCUGUGGUUGCUGCUGCUGCCGCUGCAGGUGCUGCUGCUGCUGCGGUGACUUCAUUGGCCGCUGCUUCUCUCACUGCUGUUUCUUCUGCUGCUUCUGUUGCUGCUGUGGUUGCUGUUGCUGUCACUGCAGAGGCUGGUUCCGAUGCUCCCACUGUUGCUCCUGCUUCUGCUGCUGUUGCUGCUGUUGCUGCUGCUACUGGUCCUGCAACUGCAGCUGCUCUCGUGGCUUCUGUUGCUGCUGCUGCUGCUGCUGUCACCCCUUGUGUUCUGCCUGCUGCUCCAGAGUCCGCUGCAGCCCCUUCUACAGUUGCUGCUGCAACUGCAGCUGCUGCUGCAGUUGUUACUCAUGCUGCUGCUUCACCUGCUGUAGCUGCUGCUGCUGCUGCAGCAGCUGCUGCUGCUGUUGCUGUUCCUACAGGUACUACUGCUGCUGUUGCAGCUGUUGCUUCUUCUGAUAUUCCUACUGCUGCACCUGUUGCUGUUGCCACCUCUACAAAAGGAAGAAUCAGUCUACAAAAAAAGCAUGUGGAGGAGGGAAAGCAGCAAUCUCCUGUUGAGGAAGCAGAGGAGCAAGAUGGAAUCAAAAAGACAAUUUCUACGGAAAAAUUUAAGCCAGUAAAAUACAAACAUGAUCCUAAUGCCUUGACUCCAGUAACUGAAUCAUGCUCAGCGAAAUAUCUUGGUAGCCCCUUAAAAAGUGCACCUGCCUUUGACUCAUAUAAAGAGUUAUUAGAACUUAAAGAAAUCAAUGUUCAAAUACUCACAGAAAAAAAUAAAGUGGAAAAUGAAUUAUCUGAAGUAAAAGAAGAGAAUUCACAGUUAGAGAAAAAAAUUGUAAGAAAGAAUGAAAGAAUCUGUACUCUGAGAUCAAUCAUAAAAGAACAAUUGGAGAAAAAAAGAAGUGUAAUUUGUGCUUAUAAUGAGGUUGUGGAGGAACUUAGAGAUAAAAAGAUGAUUCAGAGAAGAGGAGAACAAUACAACAGACAAGUUACAGAGACACAAGAUCUUGAAAUAUGUCUGAAGACAAAAGAUGUGGAGUUGAAACAGCUACAAAAAGAAAAAGAACACACACAGAAGAUGGAAGAUCACCUACAAAUAUUGGAACUAGAAAAUACCUCAUUAAUAGCAACAGUAAAGAAACAGAAAAAGGAAAUUGAACAUCUGCAGAGACAUGUGCAAAACCCGCACAAAAACCUGGCACAGAGUACCAAUUUUACAGAGACAGCUGCUCAUGAAAAUCAGGACAUGUGGAAUAACCAAACUUCAGUGAUAACUGAGAUGGAAAACAUAAUCAAAAGUCUGAAGUCUGAAGUCUCCAGUGUUAAAAUUUCCAAAGAGUUCAGCAAAAAAGAACUGGAAAAGUAUAAGCGAUUCUAUCUAGAAGAACUAAGAAAUAAAAACUUCUUAUUACAUGAACUAAACAGGACUAACGAGAGUCAAGAACAAUCCCAUACAGAACUUCACAUGAAAUUUCAGCAAAACAUUUCUGCAUCAAACACCCUGAAUACAAAGCUUGUUCAUGAGUGCUCUUGUGUGGAAAAAACCCACAAACUGGAAAACAAAGAUUUCCUCCCAGGGGAAAACUUGGUAUUACCUUCUUCAAGCACAGAAUCAACUCAUGUCUGCAUGGCGCACUGCCCAUGGACGUCUGAAGAUGACAUGAGAGACCUAAGCAAAGGACUCAGUGACUUAAAGCAAUCUAUUCAACUUACUUUGGAGACUCAGAAGAAAAAAGAUAAUGAAGUAGGAAAAGAACUAACUGGAAUUGGGAAAUCCUUUAAGAUGACAGAUCAUAGACAUGAAAUUGGAGAAUGUGGUUCUCAUGGAGAUUUUGAAACCUGCCGACUUGGAAUGAGUACUCCAGUUACAAUGCCAGGAUGCUUGGCACAAGCAAUAAGUAAACCAUAUUCAGAAUUCUUAAAGGAGAGCUAUACAACUUCAACAAUAAAUGCAAUGGAAACCAAAAUUAGAAGCCUUAAAUCUACCCUCUCUAAACUGAAAGUUAGCAGAGCAUUACGUGUAUUAGAACUUGAACGCUAUAAGUACCUCUAUUAUGAAGAAUUAAGCAUUAGAAAAUCAGUUCAAUAUUACUUAAACAAGAGUAAUGAAAAUUCAGAGAAGAACAGGUCAAAGCUGCACAUGGAAACACAGCAUAGCAGCUCUGCAGUAAAUGCACAAAGCAUGAGGCCUUUGACUGAGUGCUCUUCUACUGGCUGCUUAGACAGCAUCCCUGGACAGAAAAAGUCUCCUCCUAAGAAAAAACCAGACAGCAUCUUCCUCAAACUCUCAACCCUCAGCAAGUGGCCUGGAAGACUGCCUGAAAAUGUCUUCCGACGUGAGCGAAUUUCCAUCACUGAUUUUAGUUUAACCAGCCGGACAGAGCUCUCUAGUGACUCGGGUCAGUGGGAGCUCCAGCACUCUGCUUUUGACACAGCAAAAAAUGUGUAA